AGAGUGAGGCUGAGAUCUGCUGACAUCAACGCUUUCUUAAAGCGGAAUUGUGAAACGGAUGAAUAUGCUCAUUUUGUACCAGCUGGCCAUUAUAAGCCAAAUUUUUAUAAUCCCAACCCACUGAAGUUACCUGAUAGGGACAAUUGGCUUCAUAAUUUGGCGAAAUCUGUUCACUCGCAAAUCAAAAAACACAACUUUAGCAGGCUGAACUUGAACGACAAGGUUCAUUUGGCCUUCAUUGUUGAUAAUCAUGGUGAAGUAAAAGUUGAAGAAGAUGGGACUAAAACGAUUAACGAUGAUGCUAAAGAGUUCAUAAAAACCCUUGAAAACCUUGGGUUCUGUACCCUCUACUUCAACGCACUCAGUUCCCAAUCCAUCAGUACUUUACUUGAGAUGCUUCUUCACAUUAAUGCCUUUCAACUGGCUACAUUUGCUCUCGUUCUCCUUUCUAAAGGGAAGACUAGGCACCUUUACGAUUGCAACAAUGAAAUAAUAUACACCGACAAUAUUUUUGAGUACUUCCAUGACGAUCAGUCUCACCUUGCUUUAGUACCAAAGAUAUUCUACUUUCAUUUAGCUCACGUCAAAGAGCCAAGCGAGAAACUUCAGUUUUCAUCAGUUCCUCCUAAAAACUCUAUCAUACUCAUAACGUCAGUUGAUCAGAGUAGCAGUAGUGUAGUCCUCAAGACAGUUAGCAGUAAACUAACUCACGAGGCCAGCAUACAGCAAUGCUGCUCUGAGAUCCACGAAGAAUGCAACAGGAAACAUGACAAGGUUUUCUGUGUGUACAUCGAUAAUUUUACUGACAAGUUUGUCCUACCCGCACGCUAUGUACCUUUCCACUCAAGAGCGGAGAAAGAGUACUACAAGAAGCAGCUGGAGUUAUACCGCUCAAUGUGGUACCCCAUACGCUGUAAGACCAUCAGCGUCCUCUCAGAUAACAAAGAAGCAGUACUCUCCAUUGUCCGCCAUGAGAGGAUAGCUAGGAUAGCAGCCUCUUCCGCUAGUAUAGUCCUCGGGGGUGGUAUGGUGGUCGCUGGUCUCGCUCUCCUCCCAUUCACUUUUGGUGCGUCGAUAGGUCUAUCGGUAGCUGGGGGUGUGGUUGGAGCUACUGCCUCACUAGGAGGGAUUGGAGCUUUUAUUGCUUCAAAAAUUCUAUCAAAUAAGAGACUCAAGUCAGCCCAAGAGCACAUCAGCCUUGAUCAGCAGCUGAGUAUCAGUAUCAAUGACGUUGCCGCUAAAUAUAAUGAAGCCAUGAAGAAAUGUGCUGAAUCAGCUCUUGAUGGAGGCGAAUUGGUGGGAAAUGUAGCAGCUGGUGGAGCCCAAAGUCUUGCUAGUCUGGGGCGGGUUGGUAUGGGUAUCGCUAUUGGAAUAGAGUCAGCUGCUGAGGCAGGAGCUAUUGCUUUACGUACUGGAGCUCGUACACUGGGUGUGGUCCUGGCUGGGGCUUCGUUAGCAGUGACCGUUCCUAUUGACCUUGGAUUCAUUGUGUAUCAUAGUUACCACAUACACAAGUCCUCAAAAGACAAGACUGGGAAAGCUGACAGCAAUAAGGUGGUUCAAUGGCUCAUUAAACAGACUGAAGACAUGCUUAAAG